AUGGCUCGCUCAAUUACUUGGUUCCUCCUCGUGAACAUCAUCGCCUGCGUCUACCUCUCUGUAUUUGCCUCCGCCGACUUCAUGGACUUGCUCAGCGAAUCCAUUUGUGCGGCGCACUGUUUCCGGGACUUCGUCCGCACCGUGAGUCGUAUUCCCUUUUUCUCGCUCACGCACCGCUGGGCC